AUGCAAAAUAUUUCUAGUCUUGCAAUUGACAGAUGCUACUCAUCUGAACUGAGAUCUCUUGAAAGUCGUUUGGUUGAGUUACAUGGAUUUGCUGAUGCAUCAAACAAAGCAUUCGGCGGCGUUGUCUACCUCAGAAUACAGUCAGGCAAUUCAGUUGUGUGCAACCUUGUCGCUUCGAAAACAAGAGUACCGCCCAUCACAGGUGCCACUGCACCCAGAUUGAAACUGCUAUCUGCAUUGGUGCUUGCAAGAUUGAUCAUGAGCGUACGCAAGGCACUCGAUUUAUCGCUGAAGAUAAAUAGUUAUAUCUGUUGGCUCGAUUCAGAGAUUGCAUUAUGGUGGAUCACCAAGAGUCAAGGGGAAUUCAAACCAUUCGUGCAGAAUCGAGUUGUAGAAAUCAGAAAGCUCGUCACCCCAGAUCUGUGGAAGUAUGUUCCCACUGGUCAGAACCCCGCAGACAUUGCAUCUCGCGGAUGCAAAACCUCAAAGCUAAAGGACGAUCAGAAGUGGUGGGAAGGUCCUGGUUUCCUGAAGAGGAGCUCUGACUGUUGGCCGAAUCAGAAGGAGUUUGGAGCGAAGAACUUUGAGACAGAUCCGUUAUGUGAAAUUAAGCCGACAAGAAGGGUAUGCCCUAACUUGAAAUCGACUCAGCCCCUGUGUCUCCGAGGAUGGGUCACCACUGUCGCCGCUACCGUUGAAGUCAAAGGAUUAGAGCAAAUAACCCAACCUGCUAAUUUCAGUGAUGUGUACAAGCUCCUCAGAAUCACGUGCUACGUUUUGCGUUUUAUAAGGCGCACUCGUGGAAAACAAGCAAAAUCCCAAUUAACCUCAAUGGAGAUAGAAUCAGAAGAGUUGAAAGGCGCAGAAUCAUUGUGGAUUAAGCAUGUACAGAAGUACGUUCAAAAAGAAAAAUUUGAACAGACACCUCAUUCGUUGGGACUAGUUCCAGAUGGAGAAGGCAUAUUGAAAUGUGGAGGAAGAUUACAUAAUGCACCCUUGCCGUAUGCAGUCUGGUUUCCCGCAAUCUUACUACGGAAACAUCCCUUCACUGGUCUGAUGAUCAGAAAGAGUCACAACAAUGUCAUGCACAAUGGAGUCAAAGAGACCUUAACUGAUUUGAGGUCAAGAUUCUGGGUGGCAAAGGGCCGACAGACUGUACGCGUAAGGUUAUUUCUUCGUGUGCUACAUGCAAGAAACUCAAUGGAAGACCAUAUAAUGCCCCUCCACAGCCUCCGAUGA